AUGACGGCGACGCUAGCACUGGAGCUGGCCGCCAACGAGGGCUUCGCGGCCAACGCCAAGCGCGGCACCGGCCACGUGUUCGACCAGAGCGCGCUGGACCGCUUCCUGCUGGCCAACCAGCUGUCGCACGUGCUGCGCGCGCACGAGCUGCACCAGUCCGGGUUCAUGUGCCAGCUGCGCGGCCGGCUGGUGUCGGUGUUCUCGUCCAACCGCUACUGCGGCGGCAGCAACGACGCCGGCGUGGCGCUGCUCGAGGACAACAAGCUGCGCCUCAUCCGCGUCAACGUCGAAUGACGCCCUGUAUACUUGAGCAUGCUCAGGCGAUGCCGGCUCCUUUGGCCGAGCUGCACCAGCGGAGGCGUCUGAGCCUGAUCAGGCGGUCGUCAUUGGUGUCCUUUGAUCACCCAUGGAUAAGAAGUCCAUUUCGAUCACCUAGGUGAUCUUAUCGAUGGUGAUCAAAGGACACCAAAGUGUCGGCUGGAGUCCACUUUAUCACCCAGGUGAUCAAAGUGGACUCCAGGCCUAGGAUAGACCGAUCAGGCGUCAAAUGAGCCGCUCAUUCGCCUGAGCAUGCUCAAAUGACUGCUUGACGCGCGGGCGGCGGUACAUCAAGCACCUUUGUAUAUAGUUGCAUAGUUGCUAAUAUGCAACAAAAAAUGUGUAGCCUAAUAUGCUGUCGCCUGUACUAUCUCAUGUGUAAGCGGCACGUGGCGUGAGCGUGAUUCGUUUGGUUCUAUUUGGAUCUUUAAUGUAAUUUAGGUCUUGUAAAAAUACCCUUUAUAACAAGAACAGACCAUAGAGGUCACAAUCAAUGAAAAUCACGGUAAAAAAUAAUAUAAAGCGCCACUAGUUAUGAUGAAAACAUAAAGAACGAAAAUGUCUGUCUACAAGUAUCAGUUAGCUUUAAAUUAGUUGU